AUGGCGACAUACCAGAUACCAGCGCCACAGCCCAUGAACGUAAAGGGUGAUGUGUCAACUAAUUGGAAGCAUUUUAAAUCGGCAUGGGAAUACUAUGUUGUUGCCACAGAAUUGGGAGAUAAAUCCAAACCAAUACAGGCUGGUGCACUAUGCAGUGUUGGUCCACGUUCCUACUUAAUUGAAUCAGACGAUGGUCAGUUAUACAGAAGAAACCGGAAAUUCAUACGCUUAGAUCAGUGUGACAAGAAACCACCACUACAAAGUGAGAUUUCACCUGAGCCAGUACAAAUAGAGCCACCUUCAGUGUCAGUCAGCGAUCCAAACAAUCCAUCACAGCAAACAGAAUCUACAACUAUACAAUGCUCACCAGUUAAACAAACAACUACACGCAGUGGUAGACAAAAGUGUGCAGCUAUUACUAACUGUGAGCAGAUAAGAUGUACUACAGCAUCGGAUCAGUGCUGUCAUCAGUGUAUCUACGACAGGGGUGGCACUAUCAAAGCAUACGAGCCUAUUGCUUCUGGUGGAUAUUCCGACAGAAUAUGUGAACAAAGAUGUUCAUGGCGUCCAGAUAGCAAAUUUUGUUACCCAGGACGAUGUACAACAACGCCCUCAACUUGCCAGUGUGCACCAAACUUUAGUGGUGAUAACUGCCUUCAGAUGACUACAUCUCCUGUCAUGCACUUUUGCUCGGCAACACUGAUCCAGGUGACAGGCGACAGAGCGUACGCUCUCUGUGACAAUCACGGGAACGCACAGACAACUAUUUACACUAAUAUCCAACCAGAUCGUAUACAGGUUGAGUUGCAUAACAGUUACACAGGGCCUGACGCUGCUGAUUGGCCACAACAGUAUUAUGUCAAUGAUUUUAAAGUGGGCGUCAUUUCCGCAUCAUUUGAUUGGUGGGUGACUAGAGGUGGGAGUAUUGUAAAAACUGGAACAGACACGUGUUCUAAUGGAUACAGUCAAGACAAUCCUCACCAAGGCAUGUACGAAUGUGACGUCAUAGAUAAUAUUGGUUUUACUUUUCAACAUGAAGACAGGCUCCACUUGACAGCAAAGGCUCACAAUGGUGGAUACAUUACAAUAAGGAAUUAUGACGCAGCUUCCGGUUACCUGAUUGGACCUAAGAUUUAUUAUACAGGAAUGGAAGUAGCACACACAGCAGACUUCAUCCUGGACUAUCAGUCUCCAGAACAUUGUACCCUAACCCGAAGUUGCUCUGAUAAUAUGCUUGAUAGGGGCCCUGCGAUAACUAAAAUUCGUAGGAUAACUGUCAGGUUUAAUGGUUGGCAUGACGACAUAUCUGGUAUACUACGAUAUAAAUACGAAGUAUAUAAGAUGCAAGCAUAUGAUGAUGUUUUAGGAUACAGGUCAACACCACCUGCGAUAAGUGGACAAGUAAAUCCACCAACUACACAAUUCACUAUCACAUUACGUGAUCCAGGUAUAGUAGAUCGACCAACUACACAAUUCACUAUCACAUUAAGUGAUCCAGGUAUAGUAGAUCUACCAAGUACACAGUUCAUUAUCACAUUAAGUGAUCCAGGUAGAGUAGAUCUACCAAAUACACAGUUCACUAUCACAUUAAGUGAUACAGGUAUAGCAGAUAUACCAGAUACAAAAUUCACUAUCACAUUAAGUGACACCCAG